AUGUCGUCCUGGUCCCCUCAACCGGCAGUAUUGCAGGAAAUCCUGCAAACAAUACAUGAAUUAACGAACAUGAACGUUACCGUCGUGCAGCGAAAUAUCACCCAGAAACUGAGCAAGUUCUCGGGUGUGCCGGACUACAUUGCACAUCUAGCCCAUAUCCUCACUACAACUCAAGAGGAGGUUCGCGUUCGAACAAUUGCUGGAGACCUUUUGCAGAAAAAUUCGCGCCUUAUUCUAAACGCCACUCCAGAAGUUGUCGCCUAUGUCAAGGUUGCAGUGUUGCAGGCAUUCACCGAUUCGACAGUGAUGAUUCGCAAUACCGCCGGUCGGGGUAUAGUGGUGUUUCUGGGGGUCCUCGAACCGAGGAAUUGGCUAGAGUGCCUUCAACAGUUGGUCAACUCGCUUGACUCGGAGGAUGUGGAACAUCAAGAGGCUGCAUUCAAUGUCUUGGAAAAAACCUGCGAGGACUACCCUCGCCAAUUGGAUGCAAUCUUCAGGCCCAGGGGCGGCCGACCUUUGGACCUCAUGAUCUCCAAGUUUCUCGCACUUACUGAACACCCUUCCGCCAGGAUGCGAGCCCACGCAGUGGCUUGCCUCUCAUAUUUAGUCCCCGUGAAGUGUCGAUCCCUCUUCGUUCAUAUCGACGCUUUCAUCGUCGCUUUAUCCAAGCGUACUUUGGACGAGGAUCCUCAAGUACGGCGUCAUGUCUGUCAGGCCCUUGUGCUCCUUCUCGCCGCCUGUCCCGAGAAGCUCAUGCCGGAGAUGACCAAUUUCACCGAAUAUAUGCUCUCCUCUACAAAGGACAAGAACGAGAAGGUCGCUUUGGAAGCAUGCAAGUUUUGGUUUAAUUUUGUCGAGGACGCACAUCUUACCGAAUAUCUGCACCCGCUGCUCGGGCGGGUGGCACCUGUCUUGCUUGAUUGUAUGGUUUUUGGCGACGAUGAUCUGCUCUGGUUGGAAGGAGACGCAGAAGACGCUGCCGUCCCUGACAAAGGCACGGACAUCAAACCACGGCAUUGCGGUGGCAAGUCACAUGGAUUGGAACGCGAGGAGAGUGGCGCUCCUGCGGGGGAGGAAGCGCAAGCUGGCGCCAAAGGCCGUGUUGGUGCAUAUGGCGAGGAGACUCACGACCUUGAUGAUGACUUCGCUGAGGAGUUAUCCACCUACUGCAGUCUUCGCACACAUGCCGCAACGGCUUUUACAGUAGUGGCGGAUCGGUUUGGGGCCGAUCUGUUGAACGUCCUGCUUGGGCCGAUAAAGGAAAAACUGUCGAGUAACAACUGGCGUCAGAGAGAAAGUGGUAUCUUGGCGCUGGGUGCCAUGUCCGAAGGAUGCAUUGGGGCUAUUGAAGCUUACCUCAGCACUCUAGUCCCUUACCUCAUUUAUACACUGAAUGAUCCCGAACGACUUGUUCGAUCAAUGACUUGUCGGACCCUCGGUCGUUAUGCUAGCUGGAUCUGCCGGUCACUCACCGAGACGCACAUGAUCCAGUACUUUGUACCAACCAUGGAAGGCCUGCUUCUCAUGGUCAUAGACAACGACAACCGUGUCCAAGAAGCCGGGUGUAGCGCCUUCAUAACUUUGGCAGAGGAGGCUGGGAUGGAGCUAGUACCCUACCUCGCGGUCGUCCUUCGCAUUCUCGUCCUCGCAUUCGAGAGAUAUCAACACGAAAACAUGCGCUUCUGGUAUGAGGCCGUUGGUACGCUGGGAAAUACUGUUGGCCGCCAGCUCUCGAAUCCAGUAUAUGUGGACAUAUUGAUGCCUUCGCUCGCAACUCGAUGGUCUCAACUGAAAGACGACGACAAGGACCUGAUCCCGCUGCUGGAGUGCCUCGCGUACAUGACCAUCGAUAUGGGUCCUUCUUUUGCCCCUUACGCCGGUCCAAUCUUUGAGCGAUGCAGCAACAUUAUACAAAAGCUGCUGCCCGAGUACCAACAGAACCCCGAGCUCGAGGAACCUUUCUUUGUGCGUGCCUUGCAAUUGUUAUCCGGCCUGACUCAAGGGCUAGGAAUGGCUUUGGAGCCGUUCCUGAGCCAGAGUCAGCUCGUGCAACUCGUCACCCUCUGCCUGAAACUUCCUCAGGCUCUUGCUAGACAGUCCGCAUACGAACUCAUUGGCGAACUCGCCAUGAGCUGCUUCACCAUCCUCCGCCCUCACAUGCCUGCUAUCAUGCCAGGGUUGAUGCUGCAGCUUGAUCUUGAGCCUGAAUUUGGGUUUGUGAACACGUCAAAGAACGCCACUUGGUCCAUUGGUGAAGUUGCGUUACGCUACGGCCGUGAUGAUCAAGAAUUCCAACAAUGGGUGAACCCUUUAAUCGCGAGGUUGAUUCCCAUCCUACUACACCCCAAGGCCCCUCCGACUCUACAUAAAAAUGCCGUUGUUUUGAUAGGAAUAAUAGGUCUAGUACACCCCGAUCUUGUCGCUCCUCAUCUGCCGCAAUUCGCGCAGGUGUGGUGCGAGUCCGUCCAUGGGGUCUGGGACGACAAAGAGAAAGACACAGCAUUCAGAGGGUUCUGCACCCUUGUUCAAACGAACCCUGCGGGUAUCUCUAAGUCGCUGUUGUGGUUCUGCGACGCAAUCGUCAGAUGGACACAACUAUCCGCAGUAUUAGACCACAUGUUCCGACGACUUCUGCAGGGCUUAAAGGGUAACGAGGUGAUAGAAUGGGCUGCACAGGUACCCCAAUUCCCGCCCGUUAUUCAAGAACGUCUCGCUGCCCGCUAUGGCGUGUAA